CGUACCGAACGCUUGCACGAACAUGGGCGUCCAUCAAGCGUGGACGCCUGUGCUUCCCGAUGCUGCUCGAUUAUCACACACGGACCGCGUCGCGUUUCGGACAGGAGGCCGGUAUCCUGCGCAAUUCCAGCCCGAAAUCGAGUCCUGCCUGCCUCCCCAGCCCGUUCCGUGUGGCAGGAGACUGUCUCAAACGGACUGCAUCGCUCGUUCCGCACCGAAUGCGCUCGGUUUCGCGGUCAUCCAAAGUGUUCUGAAAAUGCACACUUGGGGGGGCCAUUUUCGUUGCGUCCGAAAGGGCACCCUCUCUCCCACGUCAUCCCUGCACGCGUAGGCUGCAAAACCUGCUCGGAUAGCGGACUACGCACACGAGGAGACUUCCGUCUCAUUUUCCCAGCACGGAGGGGCAGUUCGAACCCGAGGAAUCUGCUCGGGCUCAUGGGCGCUGGGCCGGUACCUCGAGGACGGGAUGGGUGUAGCGGCGGCGGCGUCGCUCGUCCGGCGGCCUCGAAAGAGGUUGUGAAUCAUUCUGCAGUGCGAGGGGUACUCAGGACGUCCAACGGGCGCUGUGUCUGCAUCGUGAGGAGGCGGUUCGUCGUGGAGAUGCACCAAAUCCGA